UGUUGUAAAUUUUGAUCGAAUUCUAGAUAUGCACUGCUUGGAGCUGCUUCUUUUCUCGGAGGGUCAAUGCGGAUGACAGUGUCUCUAUGUGUCAUUAUGGUUGAAAUCACAAAUAACUUGAAACUUUUACCUCUUAUUAUGCUUGUUCUUCUUAUAUCAAAGGCUGUUGGUGAUGCUUUUAAUGAGGGUCUGUAUGAAGUGCAAGCACAACUUAGGGCCAUUCCAUUGCUAGAAUCAAGACCUAAAUAUCAGAUGCGGAAAAUGACUGCAAAAGAAGCAUGUGGAACUCAGAAGGUUAUUUCUCUCCCUCGUGUCGUCAAGGUUGCAGAUGUAAUUUCCAUUUUACAGAGCAACAAGCACAAUGGUUUUCCUGUAAUUGAUCAAGUGAGGAAUGGAGAAACAAUUGUCAUUGGGUUAGUGCUUCGCAGUCAUUUGCUUGUACUUCUUCAGUCCAAAGUAGAUUUCCAGCAUAGUCCUUUGCCUUGUGAUCCUAGACCUGGAUCCAGAGUAAUGAGGCACAAUUUUGGUGAAUUUGUGAAACCUGUUUCCAGUAAAGGAAUAUCCUUAGAUGAUAUACAUCUAAGCACAGAUGAUUUAGAAAUUGGUUCACACUGCAAUAGAGGAAUGUUCUCGAGGAAUUCAGAUGCAGAGCGGCCUCUUCUAAAUGGUUUUCUGGGCUAG